UACUGUAUAUAAAGGAUUGUAAAAUCAAAAAUUGAUAUGCAAACUUUGGGAUUAUGCACAGUAAUAUAAAGUUGGAUAUUUUACGAACUUCUCAUGAAAAUCCACGCCAAUGUUACACCAGUUUAAGAAGUAGUAAAACUUAUACUAAAAGCAACUUAACUUUCAAGUGCAAAGAUAAUUUAAAAAGAAAAUCCCUUAAAAAUGGAAGUGUAUCAUAUUUAUGUAAAGACAUUAUUAAAAAAGAAAGUUUUUUCAAGAAAUCUUCAGUGAUAAAUUCUAGUGAAUUAAUUUGUAAUACUGUGAGACCACAUGAUGUUAACAAUAUCGUCAGUAGAAAUAUUUUAUUACAUAAUCGAAAACAUGUCAAGCUGAAGAGUGAUAUGUUAAUAAAAAAUACACAAAAAGAUAUUUAUGUUUUUUCUAAAUAUCAAAACUCUGAUACUAAUAACUUAUUUGGUUGUUUGUCUGCAGAUAAAUUAAACUCUUUAUUGGAUGAAUCUGUUUCUUCUAAAAAAUAUGAAGUUUCUUCAAAUAUGUAUGUUUUAGAGUCUAGUAAAAGAAUAGAAUUUAUUAAAAAUUAUGAUUUUCAAUAUGAACAGGUUAAUUUUAACCUAGAAUUGCAUGAUACACUAGUAAAAAAUCAAGAUCUUGAAAUUAUUGUUACUCUUGAUUCUGAUUUUCUUUCUUCAGAUUCUGAUUUAACGCAUUUGCAGCAUAAAAUAAAUAAUAGACAAAACGAAACACACUAUGGGAAAUUAUUUGUUUGUAAAUGGGCAGAUUGUAUAAAAAAAUUUACUUUACCUGAUAAAUUAGUCAGGCACGUGCAAAAUAAACAUAUUCAAAAAGACUCAAAUCAAUGUACAUUUACAUGUCUUUGGCAGAAUUGUAAGUUUUUCAACCAACCCUCUUCUUCUUAUAAAUGGUUAAUAACUCAUGUUUUGAGGCAUUUUGAUUUAAAACCUUUUAAGUGUGUUAUACAUGGAUGCGAUGGUUCUUUUGCAACACAAAAUGGUUUAGCAAGACAUGUUCCAACACACUUUAAUAAUGGAAAAGUUAGAAGAGCUUGUGUAAAAAACAGUUGUGAAACAAAAAACAUGAAAGAAAAUAAUGAAGUGCAAAUAAACUCAAAAAGAAUUUCAAAAAUCAAUGUUGAACUUUCACAAAAAAGUUGUUUGAAAUUAGAAGAAGAACUUUCAUUAAACAAGAAUAUCUUUUUGAACCAAAAAAGUAUUGCCAAAUCAAAUGAUUUCAACAGUCAAAUAUUAAAGAAAAUUAAGCGAAAACUUCAACAGCCUUUGUGUGGAUCUUCUAAUUCAUCUGGCUAUGUAAAUAAAUGCCUUAGAUUACAACACAAGGUAAUUGGCAGGCGCACAUCAACCACAACUGGUUUAAAUGAAGUGCUUGUAUCACCAACACAUGAUGUAUUAAAUGAUCAAUCAUUUUGGUUAGAUGCUAAUGCACUUGGCAAAUGUAUGUAUGUGGAUAUUCCUGUUCAUCAACUGAGUGAAUGUUACAAAGGGUUGCUUUAUGAUGCUGAAAAAAAAAUUUAGUUAUUUUAUUCAAGGUUAUAUGCUAUCACUAUGAGUAUUUUUCAUGAUGAUUUCGAUCUUUGGACAUAUGCAGACAGUUAUGGACUGAAUGAUUUCUACCUAACUUUUAGUGCAAAAUGAUCUCAUGAACAAUCCACUUAUUGGUUUUUCUAAUCAAUUUUCAUAUUUUAGUUGUUUUUGAAAUUUGUGAAAUAAAAUUAUUUUUCAAAAGUUAA